AUGCCUAGGUCAAGACGCCGAAGAGAUUUUCUACGACCGCAAGCUUCACGCGUCGAAAAGCAUCGCCGCUCUCGAAAUGCCCGCCCAGCUUGGUUCGCCAGGCUCAAACGAAUCAUCACCACCAGGGAAAUCCGAGUUGAAGAUUACGAUGAAGACAUUUCCGAGUUGGAAGAGAGUACUGAUGACGAGUCGGAUCACGGUGAUGGCUCCGAUGGGUCCCUUUACUCGCAACUCAAAGAGGAACGUGAGGAACGAAAAUUCGAAUUGGAGCAGCUUGAUGAUCAGAAAACGGAAAUGCUGAAUUGCCAUAAGGCGAAAGAAGCCGAGGUCCACGCCGCAUAUCGAGGGUUCAAAAAGGCUCGCAGAAAGGCCAAGAAGAAUGGCAGCACGAUCUCGAUAGACUCAAUUCUUGGUCAGGAAUUUGAACUGUUUUCUUCUGAUUAUGUUGAAGAAUUUGGCAUGCAGGGUAGCCGAACGGCGAGAAAAAGAGUCAGCUUCUACUCUCGAGAAUUCAUCAAGUCGGGAACGGAAAAUGUUGAGGUGGAAGGAAAAAAGAUGGUCAUUGGCGAUGUUUACCUCGAUUCAGAAGUCAAUACUGAACUCGAAUCAUUUCCGCUGCCCACUCGUGCCCGACGGAAGAACCUGAACGUCGACUGUACUUGUGGUGAUGGCUCUUUGCGCUUUAAGUUCUUCGGGAAUGGAUAUCUGAUGUUGAGCAUUCCCCGGAGUCUGAUUCGUGGUGAUGCAGAGAUCUUAAAAUCUGAUGCACCAGAAUUCGUUCCAUUUGUCGGCACCUUGAUAGAUCCCAAGAAGGAGAAGAGGAAGCGAAUUGAGGCCGCGGUGAGGAUAGAGAGCAUGAGAUCUUUCUCUCCAAAGAAGAAUUGGUUUAAUAUGAACCAUCCGAUGGGGGCGUCUGGUGGGUUUUGGUGAGGUUGAUCCGCCUCUGAAUGCUUCAGUUUCCGAGGUCGUCAUGCUUUCGAUGAUAGAGAAAUUGGGAUCUAUGAAGUAG